AUGCCGUCUAUAAACCUGGGUGAUCUCGUCGAAGUCAAGUACGAGCUAUCUCGAACGCAGCAGACCUUUGCAACCUUCCAGGGGUACUGCGUUGACAUAAGACGACGGGGACUCAACUCGUCAUUUACUUUGAAAAACGCAUUCGACGGAGUCGGAGUCACCCAAAUGGUGCCUUACUACUCCCCUCGGCUCAUGAAUGUCAAGGUCAUGAAAAGCGUGUCUAAGGCUGCAACUGCGGCAAACAGGGCUGCAAGAAUCCAAAAACCCAUAACUAGGGACUACAGAUACAGGUUCCACCUCAACGUCAGACAUAGGUUCUCCAGACGCAGAGGGGUGCAUAAACCGGGCAUCCGAAACUUCGAAAUCCGGCUCAAAAACAGAAUCGCAAGGCUCAAAAACAGCUACUACCAGAUGAGGUUCGAGGCGGGGCUGCCCUCUUAUGUCUGGGGAGGAGCUUACAACAUAAACACGACAAGCAGAGCAAGGCUGGUUCGUGCGGAGACGAACAGACGCAUGCGCAUAUAUAGCAUGGACGAGCAGCGCCUCAGGAGCGAAAAGCUGCACAAGAGACGCGAAAGGUCGAAGUGGGGAGUGUACAGGCUGCCUGGAUUGAGGUACCUGAAAUUGCUGGACACCCAGAAGCAAAACUCGCUGACAGAAAACAAAAAUUAA